AUGGUCGAGUUAGAGGAUGGAUUGAAUCGAAAUGUCCAUCUUGCGCAAGACGACUACGGGAUCAUUGUGACUUGGAUGGAGGUCGCUGACAAUUUUGCCGCCAUCCACGGCUCGAGCGAUAAGACCACGAUCAGUGGCAAACCGAAAGUAAAAAAGAUCAACGCGUUUAAGGCUUUGACGUAG